AUGUCCAAGCUCACCGACUUCAAAGUCCUCUGCUUCGACGUCUACGGCACCCUCAUCGACUGGGAGACCGGCAUCACCACCGCCCUCGCUCCCCUCUUCGCCGCCUCCUCCCGUCCCGGCCCCCCCCGCGCCGAGCUCCUCUCCGCGCUUCACACCCUCGAAACCGCCCAGCAGCGCCUCACGCCUACCCUCCCCUACCGCGACCUCCCGCCCCCUCCCUCCCUCUCCUCCGCCUUUGGCGCCUCCGUCGGCUCCUGGCCCGCCUUCCCCGACACCGUCGCCGCCCUCCGCCGUCUCUCCUCCUCUGGCUACAAACUGGUCGUGCUGAGCAACACCGACCGCGCCUCCUUCGCCGCCACCAACGCGGGACCCCUAGAGGGGGUCCCGUUCGACCUGGUGCUCACCGCAGAGGACGUGGGCAGCUUCAAGCCGGCGGCGCGCAAUUUUGACAUCAUGCUGAAGGAGGUCGGCGACAAGCUGGGCGUGGGCAGGGAGGGCGUGCUGCAGACGGCGCAAAGCCAGUUCCACGACCACCACCCGGCGCGCGCGAAGGGCGUGCGCAGCUGCUGGAUCGCGCGGCAGGGCGCCGUCAUGGGGAACAUGGACGAGGAGGUGUACGACUGGAAGUUUGUCACGCUGGGCGAGAUGGCGGACGCGGUGGAGGCGGAGCGGGCGGUGGUGUCAUGA